CGCUCACCUAGUAUCAUUUAAGAUAACCAUAAAUUGUCUAGGUCAGCCCUUAAUUUGUUGCACUUUUCUUGUUUCCGUUUAAAUUUCACAGGAAUUUUCCCCAUAUAUAUCAUAUCGGCUUGCGAAUAAGUGCUUACUAAUUAAGUAGUAGUAUCCACCUAUAGGUACAGCAUACAAAAGAAAGAGGUCUAGAGAUAUGGCUGAUGUAAGAGGAAGUUCUGCUACAUGCAAUGAAAGGUGCGGUUGUCCUUCUCCCUGCCCUGGCGGCGUUGCUUGCAGGUGCGCAGGGGAAGACGCAAGCAUGGCGCACAAGAGGUGCUCAUGCGGAGAGCACUGUGGGUGCAAUCCUUGCACGUGUCCCAAGAGUGAAGGCAGCACUGCCGCUACUGGAAAGGCUCACUGCAAGUGCGGUCCUGGCUGCACCUGUCCCACCUGUGCCGCUUAAUUAUACUACUUAUUAGACUCUUUAUCACUUAAUUACGUACUUCCUCUAGCUGUGCUAGGUUCCCCAUUAUAUAUGUUGUACCUGUCCCAUCCUCGCGAGUGUGUGCUUGUUUGGUAGGACCAUCUUUUCUUCUUCAUAUGUAUGGUGCGUGCAUCUGUACAUACUACUGGUCAUCCAUUAAAUAACCAUGUCAUAAAAAAGUUUUGACA